AAGAACUUCAAGUGAUCAACACUUUACUACUUGCUAUUUAGCAACAGCUACAGCUCCUCGAGCUUAAAUCACGACAUUCACCUCGCCUAUCAUCACAACCACCGCAACAAUGUUCGGUUCAUACAGCUCCAUCAGCUCCAUGUGCGCGUCCUCUGCGCCCAUGGACAUCGCGUCUCGCAACAUCUACCGAUCUCAGGAUUCCGCCUGCGCUUUCCCUUCAUGGCCUCGACGUGACUCUCUUUCUGAGUCCGACCGUGAGGAGCGACCUACUUCUUAUCUCUCCGACGACGACCUCUUCCUCUCCGAUCCCUUCGACGAUGAUGCUCAGAGCGUCUCCAGCGCUGGUAGCUCUUCUCCUGGUGCCAUGGCCUCGCCUCCCAGCCGCAUCUCCGACUUCGAGCUUCUCCAGGCUGAGCGCGAACGCCAGGCUGCCAUCCAGCGAGAGUGCAUCCGAGUUGUCAACCUCGAGAAGGAGCGUCGACGUGCCGCCGCACGAAAGCAGCGCCGUAGCAGUUCUCACAAGAAGAGCCCCAAGACCAAGCUCACCUCCAUCAACGAGGAGGCUAUUGAGUAAACAAUGCUCUGGGAUCUUCUUCAUGACUGUUACGAUUUCACGAUAGCGUAUGUUUACACCACACAACCAAAACAUCAAGCCUCAUUCACUAACAAUAA